AAUGAGUACUGGGCGGAGAUCUUGUUCCUGAAGCUGGAAAGUGAAACUGAGAAAACCAUUUAGAAUGCGUGUUGCUGCUUGUAGCUGGAAGGUUAACAUUAUCACGUUUGUAAAAUUACUAUCAUCAUUAUAACCGAUGUGUGCUGUUACCUCGACCAAUCGGAUGGCACGCAUGUAGGGUGGUCGGCAAAAUAAUGUUGAGUACAGACUAUUAUUAUAACUUUCUCAAAGGGGUGACGACGAAUUAAAAAACAGAAAAAGUUUGAAUACCACUGACUUAAGUUUGCAUCUAAAUUUCACCUGAAGUUCCACCAACCCUGACUGAGAAUUUGACUGAAGCCCAAAGCGGUUAAACCCCAAAGCAAACGAAGAUGGCACCAAAAAUAAACUCGUCUCCACCAACCAAAUUUCUGCUGGUACCCGGUGAGCCGCAGGAGCCUUGGAAUGACUGGAUAGAAUAUUUUGAGUUGUACAUAAGAGGCUCGCCAGAGGAAGAGAAGAUAGCACUGUUAAACAUUUACCUUGGGAAGGAGGGACUGCGCAUCUUAAAUACUUUGACAACUAUUGAAACAUAUGCAGCAAUGAUUGAUGCCCUCAAUGCUUACUUCAGCAAUGCUCAGGAGCCUCGGGACUGUCAGGAGCCUCAGGACUGUCAGGAGCCUCAGGACCUGGAUGAUUCACAAAGAAUCAAACAGAACAGAAAAAGGAUGAUCAUUACAGGAGCAGCAGCAACAAUGGGUGCAGCUGCAGCAGUGGUGGGGGCACCAGUAGCCCUGGGAGUGGCAGGUUUGACUACUGUUGGGGUUGCUGCUGGAGCAACUGCAGGGGGCGCCGCAAUAGGAACAGGUACAAUUGCUGCAGCAGCAACAGCAACAGUGGGAGCAGUUGCGGCAGUGGCAAUGGCACCAGUUGUCCUAGGAGCGAUAGGAUUCACUGCUGGUGGGAUUGCUGCUGGAUCAUAUGCAGCAAGCAUGAUGUCUGCAGCGGCCGUGGUAAAUGGAGGUGGGGUAGCAGCAGGGGGUCUUGUUGCUGCUCUACAGACGGCAGGUGCUGCAGGGCUUUCAGGAGUGGCUACAGCGGCGGUGGGAGGUGCUGGAGCUGCGAUUAGUGGAGCCUUGGGAUGGGUGGCCGCAGGAGCAGGGUUGUCAGGAGCGGCAGCAGCUACUACAGCAGCUACGGCAGGUGCUGCAGGGCUCUCUGCAACGGCUACAGCAGCCGCAGGAGGUGUUGGAGCAGCAGUUGGGGGAACAGCAGGAUGGCUGGCUUCAAGGACUUGGACACCUGAAAAGGAGGAAGGAAAAGAUACAGGAGCAGCUACAGCAGGAGGUGCUGCAGGGCUUUCAGGAGAGUCUACAGAGGCUGUGGGAGGUGUUAGAGCAGCAGUUGUUGGAGCGUCUGAAGGGGAGGGAGGAGUCGAGGAGAGAGAGCUUUCAGGAACGACUACAGCAGCUACAGAAGGUGCUGCAGGGCUUUCAGGAGCGGCUACAGCGGCGGUGGGAGGUGCUGGAGCUGCGAUUACUGGAGCCUUGGGAUGGGUGGCCGCAGGAGCAGGGCUCUCAGGAGCGGCAGCAGCUACUACAGCAGCUACGGCAGGUGCUGCAGGGCUCUCUGCAACGGCUACAGCAGCCGCGGGAGGUGUUGGAGCAGCAGUUGGGGGAACAGCAGGAUGGCUGGCUUCAAGGACUUGGACACCUGAAAAGGAGGAAGGAAAAGAGACAGAAGCAACUACAGCAGCUGCUGCAGGAGGUCUUCCUCUAGGUGCCUCAGGAGAGGCUACAAAGGCUGUGGGAGGUGUUAGAGCAGUAGAGUUUGGAGCGUCUGAAGGGGAGGGAGGAGUCGAGGAGAGAGAGCUUUCAGGAACGACUACAGCAGCUGCAGAAGGUGCUGCAGGGCUUUCAGGAGAGGCUACAGCAGCUGUGGGUCGUGUUAAAACAGCAGUUGGUGGAGCGGCGGGAUGGCUGUUCUCAAGAAUCAGGACGUCUAAAAAGGAGGGAGGAGAGUAAAGAGGGAGGAUGAGAAGAGGGCCCUUUACAUAAACUGUUGAUGUUAUGAAUGUUUUUUUUUGUUGCUCCUUAAUUAUUUACAUUUACAUUUAAGUCAUUUUCUCAUUGGAAGAUUGCAAGUUCAAACCCCCAAGCUGACAAGGUACAAAUCUGUCGUUCUGCCCCUGAACAGGCAGUUAAACCACUGUUCCUAGGCCGUCAUUGAAAAUAAGAAUUUGUUCUUAACUGACUUGCCUAGUUAAAAUAAAGCUCAAAAUAUCAUUUUUAUUUCAGAUUUGAGUUUAUUUUAGCAAAUAUUUUCUCGAUAAAAAAACAUGAGCAUGUGCAGAGUAAUAGUUUGUGUGGAGGUGCUGACUAAUGACGAAUAAACUAUCAAAAUAAAGUUGCACUCUCCAUGUAUAAACCCCCAGCAAUUUAAUGGGUAUUUACCAACAUUUCGGCAUCAUUGUGCCUUCCUCAGGGUCUGAGUUUACAGUAAAUAUUUUCUCAACACUGUUUUCUUGGUUAAAAACUUCUUAGAUUUAUUUUUUAAGGGCUUGUAAGUAAGCAUUUUACUGUAAGGUCUACCCACACCUGUUGUAUUUGGUGCAUGUGACAAAUAACACUUGAUUUGAUUUUGAUUUGAAUGAUUUCAUAAUGGUGUUAUUUAUGAGUGCAUAUGUAAACCCCCUUUUGGUGUUGCCAAAACACAUACUGGUAUAUACCCACUCAACAUGUAUUGCAAACAGAUGCAUGCACAUCCACUCAGAAGAACAAUUAUGCAUGUGACAAAAUAAUUUUUCAAACAUACUUUCAAAAUAGAGGUCUAUUGUAUAAUGGAAACAUGUUUUUUUAGUUGUCACCAUACCCAGCCCUUUGACACACCAAACACCUGUUCUGUGUUUGGUGUGUCAAAGGGCUGGGUAUGGUGACAACUAAAAAAACAUGUUUCCAUUAUACAAUAGACCUCUAUUUUGAAAGUAUGUUUGAAAAAUUAUUUUGUCACAUGCAUAAUUGUUCUUCUGAGUGGAUGUGCAUGCAUCUGUUUGCAAUACAUUAUACAAUGUGCUUUGCAGGUGUGGUUCCCUUGCACAUGCUGAAGAAAUGUAAUUCAACCACUGCAAACCCUCAUACUUCCUGGCAAACAAAUUUUCCGGUGGAGUUUCAUUCAAAUAAGUUUUCAGUACAUUUAUUUCUAAAGACAUCCCUUUAAAUUUGCUGAAAAGCAUGUCGAUUUUUCUCAACAGGCUCACUAGAAUAUAUGGAGAGAAUGUUCAGAAUUUUAGAGAUCAAUGAAAGAAAGUAAUUUAAAUACACACAUUCGUCUCACUUCAGCACUAAUUAAAAAAUACUCUGAUCUUGUAUAUUAUUUCGGGUUCGGAAAGAAUUUAUGAAUAAAAAAAUCAGAGAAUUAUAUUGGUGAAUCAAAAAUACGGUGGUUUGAUUCAUCCUGAAAGUUGACAUAUUCAAUUGGUCAGUCCAUUAAAUAUUGGAAGGUGAGAAAAGUGUACAACAGGGGUUGAACAAGGAGUCCUAUAAAUCUACCCUAAUAAUCGUCACUAAUUACAGAUGACAACAGUCCAGUAGUCGUGAACCGUGCGCCAGACUCCAGGUUUUAUACUGCUAGGUAUGGUCUGCGUUCCAUAACGAUUCAAAUAGGCUACAUGCCCUUAAUUAUUGCACAACAUAUAAUACGUCAGCAUAAUAUGAUCCACUAUUGCUAGCAAUACUAAAGAACAACCACACAAACGUGACAGAGGAAAGAUUUAAAAAUGGAAUUAUGAGUGGCACCUUUAGGCCUAGAUUUCCGGGGCUAUUUGUUCCAGAAAGAAAUUGUUUUUCUGACUGAACCACAUCUUUUGACAGUAACGCAGUGUCCCGUUUUGGACGGAAGCUGAACUUUACAAUAUUAUAUUUAACCCUGUUUAAAAUGAGCAAUGUUGAGGUGGUAGAACUGACCAAAUGAAAUUAAUCGUAGACUUAUUAUAACCUAUUCCGUUCUACAGGUUAACAUGCUUGGCUCAUGUCUGUUAUUUCCAUAUAGACUAUGUAACUAUUUGUUAAAAAAAUAAAAGUGAAUUUAUUUCA